CGAAUAAAUUUUUUCAUUUUUGCAAGCAUAUCAGAAUUUCAUUUUUAAUUAUUAAAAAAAAGAAAUGUCUUCAUAGAAUCAUAGUUCUUCCUUCAUUUGCACCAGUGUAGAAAAAGUCCCAAAGCGCAUCAACUCGCCGCCGCCGCCGCAUUCAAUCAUGCCGACUUCUACCAAACCACAGCCCCUACGCCUGCAUUCCGUCUCUGUGCAUCUAUCGUUUGCCUGAAAAAAACUAUCCGCACCCUAUUCCGCCCGUCGUCGUAUCCUGACGUACCCUGGCCACAUCCGACAUCCGAGACCUUUGACCUCUCAUCCGGUCAACCACAAGCCGCUUGGACUGUCAUAGACCCGUCCUCCACUCCAUUUCUUUCCAGUUCGUGUGUCAUGUGUGAGAGAGCUGAACUUGUUUAGAAUUUGUAGAAGAGAGUCAUCAAACCAAUGGGUGCACCAAAGCUUAAGUGGACAUCAGGCGAAGAAGCUGCACUUAAAGCUGGUGUGGCUAAGUAUGGGAUGGGAAAAUGGAGCACCAUACUCAAAGAUCCAGACUUUGCUCCAAUCUUGCGUUCUCGGUCUAAUGUGGACCUCAAGGAUAAAUGGAGAAAUCUCCAUGUCAUGGCAAAUGGUUGGGGGUCUAGGCAGCGGGGUAAGAUUGUCUGUAAAAGCACUCAAUCCAAGCAUGAUGAUGAAGAAUCUAUGGCUCUUACCACUAUAGCUGAGAAUGAUAUGGAUAUUCUUGAUGAGAAGCCCCUUGCAACAGUUAGUGGAACAUGUAUUGAUGAUAGUUCUAAGAAGCCAAUUACAAGCUUGGACGAAGUAAUAAUGGAGGCUAUUGCCAAGCUGAAGGAACCCCGUGGAUCUAGUAGAAAUGCAAUUUGCACGUACAUUGAGGAGAACUACAAGGCAUCUCCAAACCUGGAAAGGCAAUUGGCUGCAAAUUUGAAGGACUUAACAGACAGAAGAAGGCUAAUAAAGGUGAAGCAUUUUUACAGGAUCGCACCAAGUGGGAUGUCGACAGAUGUAAAGGGGGAGCCUUCUCAUCCAAUGGUUAUGGGGGAAAAGCAGGUGACACUUCCCUCUCCAAAACCGGAAAGUAGUAAUGGAAUAAGAAUUUUGACCAAAGCACAGAUUGAUGCCGAGCUGGAGAAAAUGAGGAGUAUGAAUGCACAAGAGGCGGCCAUUGCUGCAGCGCAAGCAGUUGCAGAAGCUGAAGCUGCCAUUGCAGAGGCUGAACGGGCGGCACUGGAAGCAGAGGAAGCCGAGGCAGAGGCUGAAGCUGCGCAUUGUUUUGCUGAAGCAGCAAGUAAGGCUUUGAACUUUCAGACCACCAUCCAUGUCUAGUAAUUUGCAACCUCAGCAAAUUUUGUGGAUAAUAUUGUAAAUCUGUUUUUUUUUUUGUUUUUUGCGUAUACGGAGAACUGAAGUGUAUUGUGCAGGGAUGAUGUUUAUAUUGAUUAAUAUGGAGUAUUAGCCAAGGAGUUCAUGAAGUCGAAAUGCAAGUAGUUCUAUAAUCG